AGUCGCUGCAGUUCACUCGGACCUGGUGGCCCUGCAGCCCGGUGAGGAGUCCGGGGUCAGCGGGACUUGGACUUGGCGCGGGGCCCUCGCCGCCUCUCCUUUCUGGAUUCUUGGCAGGGCCCAGACGGUCGUGGGCGCACGGACAUGGAACCCUCUCCGGCCACUGGGGGCUCGGAGACCACGCGCCUGGUGAGCCCCCAGGACCGUGGCGGCAUCGGCAGUGGCCUGCGUUUAAAGAGUCUCUUCACAGAGCCCUCACAGCCCCUCCCUGAAGACUCCAAACCUGUGGAGAUGCCCUCCCACCACUGCCACAGGGACCCCAUGCCACAGCAGGGGCUUACCCCCGAGAGACUGCAGGCAAGGAGGCAGCUGUGUGCAGCCUGUGCCGUGUGCUGUGUCUUCAUGGCUGGGGAGGUGGUCGGUGGGUAUUUGGCGCACAGCCUGGCCAUCAUGACUGACGCCGCCCACCUGCUGGCGGAUGUCGGCAGCAUGAUGGGCAGCCUCUUCUCCCUGUGGCUCUCGACCCGCCCAGCCACCCGCACCAUGACCUUUGGCUGGCACCGCUCAGAGACUCUGGGGGCCUUGGCCUCUGUGGUCUCCCUCUGGAUGGUCACUGGCAUCCUCCUGUAUCUGGCCUUCAUCCGCCUGCUACACAGCGACUACCACAUCGAGGGGGGUGCCAUGUUGCUGACCGCCAGCAUCGCAGUCUGUGCCAAUUUGCUAAUGGCCUUUGUGCUACACCAGGCUGGGCCCCCCCACAGCCAUGGCUCCCAGGGCGCAGAGUAUGCACCGCUGGAGGAGGGGUCCAGCGACCCUCUACCCCUGGGCAAUACCAGCGUCAGGGCGGCCUUUGUGCAUGUGCUGGGGGACCUCCUGCAGAGCCUUGGGGUACUGGCUGCGUCCAUCCUCAUCUACUUCAAGCCUCAGUACAAGGCAGCUGACCCCAUCAGCACCUUCCUCUUCUCUAUCUGUGCCCUUGGAUCCACGGCUCCAACGCUCCGUGAUGUUCUGCGAGUCCUCAUGGAAGGUACUCCCUGCAGCGUGGGGUUUGAACCCGUGCGGGACACGCUGCUGUCGGUGCCAGGAGUCCGGGCUACCCAUGAGCUGCACCUGUGGGCCCUGACGCUCACGUACCAUGUUGCCUCCGCACACUUGGCCAUUGAUGCGGCGGCUGACCCGGAAGCUGUUCUGGCUGAAGCCUCAUCCCGGCUCUACUCCCAGUUUGGAUUCUCCAGCUGUACCCUGCAGGUCGAGCAGUACAGGCCCGAGAUGGCCCAGUGCCUACGCUGCCGGGAGCCCCCCCAAGCCUGA